AUGGCUCUACCGGGUUACUGCAACCAUUCGUUCAACCUGCUUAAGUCGGAGUCGACUCUUAUUCAAUGGGUGUGCUCGAUGUGCCAUUCCGGACCACACUGGUACAUCUUCGAGUGCAAAUACUGCAAACUCAAGACCUGUCGCCCUUGCACGAACAAAGUCUAG